CACAACUUUGUUUAGCUAUCAUAAUUCCCUUAGCCCCCAACGGAGCCUCGGAUGUGGAUAUUUACGCGAAAGUCCUACAAGAAUGCUACAAGUUGUACUUGAAAACUCGCAUCUAUAAGCUGUUGAAGAAUGGUGCGUGAGUCGUGUCUUGCUUGAUCGUAGGUGCGUCAGAUUGCUACGACUGGCGAGACCAUCUUCUUCUAUUUUUAGGCGAAGACUGUACACUGGACAACUCCCGCUAGGCGGAUACUCCCGUGAGGGAGCUGUUGACGACGACAUGGAUGAACGUUUCCCGAAUGCAUCGCCGUCGUCAUCUUCGACGAGCGACCGAGCCGCGUCGGAAAAUGAUGCAACCUCUCUGCGGAAGCAAGGCCACGCUUAUGCUAUUUACAUUGAGUAGAAGCUUUAUCUUGUAGAAGUCCAAUGAAGAAAGUACUUACUCAUAUAUAAGAUGAUGUUAUGAUGCUCCCGCUGUGAAUCCUGAUGUACCGCUUCCGGAAAGACAAAGAAGAAUCAUGUAGCGACUCAUUUUUCAUUUUGGUUGUUGGAUGACCGGAUCAGAUACAGAACAAGUUCGAGUUACAUAUCGGCGAAUACGUACAUCACUGAAAAAAUUUAUUCCCAAUCCAACACCUACAUAUUUGUAAGGUCCUCCUCUAAUCCCGAUCAUCGUCUUCUUCAACACAGCCAUCGUUGAACGAUUUAGAUGGCUGGAUAGCACAUUUGAAGGACAAGAAUCAGCACUUGCCGGAGUCAGCUGUAGAAGCACUUUGUGCGCAUGCUAAAGACGUUUUACACCAGGAACCAAAUUGCGCGACAAUAAGGUGUCCAGUAACGGUCGCGGGGGACGUGCACGGGCAAUACCAUGACCUACUCGAAAUGUUUCGCAUGAUAUGAAUACAGGGUCUUGAUGAAAAUCUUGUCUUAUAUUAAAUAGUACUUACUAGGAGUAUUCUUCAAGAAAAUCUAAAUUGAUAUCACUAUUCUUGUUCGAGUUCGUUCAACGAUUACGCGAAUCCUCUCUAUCGUACUACGUAACUAUAAAUAUUUUAACUCCACCUUCCUCUUCAUGUUGCAUCCUCCUUUCGUUACAACCAUACAUGAUAGCCAAAGUGUUUCUUCAUAACUGGGGGGAUCGCCGCCAGAUACGAAUUACCUUUUCUUGGGCGACUACGUGGACAGGGGUUAUUUUUCGGUCGAGUGUUUUUCGCUGCUCUUGUGUUUCAAGAUACGGUAUCCACAGAGAGUAACGAUAUUACGUGGCAAUCACGAAAGCAGGCAAAUUACUCAGGUGUUACGCCUUUUUUGGAGGAUAAGUACACUGCAGCAGACAACUUAAUCAGGCUACUAGCAUUUUAAAGGGAUAUUACGGGUUCCUAAUGCCUUUCUGAUGUUGUUUACAUGUCAUUUUUUUUCUGCCUGGAAUUAAUGUAGUACCGGAUGCAUUGUGUUUCUGUAAAGGCACCUCAGCCCCCUUCGGGAAUGAAGUACUUACUUGCAUCGAUAAUGACAAACAAGAACAGGUAUUUGCAGUUCUUACAUUAAGGGUGUAGUGUGUGCUCCACAGCGAUCUACUCCAGGUAUAUGGAUUCUACGAUGAGUGUUUGCGGAAAUAUAACGGGUCACCACGAGUCUGGAAAUUAUUCACGUCGCUCUUUGACGCCCUACCGCUUGUAGCACUGAUAGAGGAGAAGAUAUUUGCGCAACAUGGAGGUCUUUCUCCCCAGAUUAGCACAAUAGACGAGAUCCAGACGAGCAUUUAUGAAAAGAUGAACUAGAAGAAUAAGGAGAUUUAGGUUACUUUCAAAGUUGAGAUAGAAAGUUACUAUUCAAAUAUUGAGGUUCUAGUUUACCCGCUCUCUUCAUAAGAACAAGCGGUUCCUUGAAUAGUGAGGCCCAAUUUUUGUUUUUCACCUGUCUACUUAGAAGUAGUCAACAUUAACAUCCUCACUAGAAGAAACAUAUUAUGUUAGCUUUCAACUCAUCAGAAAAAAAAUUAUAGGGUUACUUGCUUAAGCUUUCAUAUGCAACACCGUUUCCAGGAAGUACCACAUGAAGGCGCUAUGUGUGAUCUUUUGUGGUCGGAUCCGGACGAUAGAGUUGGAUGGGGUAUGUCACCCCGAGGCGCGGGACAUACUUUUGUUAUGGUCAGUUACUAACUCAGAUUGCAUUUGUUCAUUUUCCAGAGGACGGUCACUCACGUACUAGCACCAUUUAUUUUUCAUCCUCCAGAAGUAGAGCCUCUCGUUACAACUAGUACCGUUUCCCUUUCUUGAUACCGUUUUCCAUUCUUGAAAAACAAUAAUAAGCAGGGACCGAGAUGAAUUGAUUCGGUACGCACCUCUAGCUCUAACUCUAGAGAAGACGUUUCGCGGAAAUGGAACCACACCAAUGGACUUUACCUUAUCGCACGCGCCCAUCAACUUGUCAUGGAGGGAUUCAACUGGAGCCACAACAAAGAGGUGAGCCAACUCCUAUCCUAUCCUAUGCUAUGCUAUCCUAAGUAUCUAUUGCACAGCGACAUUCAAUCUUGCUUAUUUUUACUAUUCCACAUAAGAUUUCAUUUGAUUUUUCAGGUCAUUGACACGGGAUUGUUACCUUUUUUACCUCCCCUCCUUUUCCUUACUCUAUCUUUCGUUCUACUUUGGCAUUUGGAUUUUAUACUCCCUUCGUCUUGUUCUUGUAUAACAUUGACUCAUUCCACUUCUUCUACUCAUAAUAAUAAAUAUUUAUAUAAGUAUGCUUGUUCCUUUUUUUACUCACUGCCACUGGGUCCUGUUUCCAAGAUCAGUACAGAGAACCACUAUCAUCUUUUGCCGAGUCGUGUGUUUCGUAGAACUAGGAGUUCUAGUAUUGAUCUUGUUCAGUCCUAGUUGGCACUACAAUCUGGAUCGCGUACAGCACGACCACCAGGUAGUAACAAUAUUUUCCGCGCCAAAUUAUUGCUAUCGUUGUGGAAAUCAAGCAGCCAUAAUGGAGGUGAGCUCGACGAUCCUUACACCGCCACCCGAUGCGACUUCAUCAGCAGGAGGUGGUGGCGCAGCGAACGCAUCUGGAGCCGGAAGUGUUAUGAAGACUGAUAAGAGGACUUUCAGUAGUUGCAGUCAUAUCACAUCUUAUCGUGUACUUACAUUGCUCUGCCUCUGAGUCUGUCUAUCACCAAUUCACGGUUAUACCUUUCCUUUCUAGAAAGCAUAUUUAUUUUGAUGCUAGAAUUCUACUUGUGGAUUUUCUUCUACUACUGUUAAACAUGUUCGAAUCUAAUCCGUCUACUCCUUCCUCAGGCUUUUAUUAUUAUUUCUUCUACUAGAAGGGAGACUAUUUUAAAUUCCUGAAUUUGAAUCCACUGCACAACAACAUCUCAGUCUAAUACGACCGUCAAAGUAGACGGUGAGAGCAAGUCAGGUGAAGGAGCGGAGGAGGAUGGGGAGAGUGGGGAGGCAAAAGGGCCACAUUGGGCCUCAUUCUUGCAGUUCGAUCCCGCGCCACGACGUGGCCAAAUGACCGGCAGCUUGUUUCACUUCGGGGACAAGACGCCUGACUACUUCCUCUAGAACAUGGUCUCAUGUGAAGAUAUUGUUAGUUGAGUGGCAUCUCCUGAAAUAGAUGAAUCCUUACACUGUGAGUUCCUACAUCUUCGCUGGACGUUCUAAUUUCCGUUCAUUAUUUGCCUCAUGAUGUUGAUGUGUCAUUUAUUUUACACUAGUUGUAUGUAUCACUUCUAAUAUCUAGAUUUAGUAGAUGAACAAAAAUUUUGAAGAGUUUAAUGUUCAUAUCUAUCAUCAAACACGUCGCGUUGUUUACAUCACAUUAGUACAGUCAUCGUCAUGCUCGUUACGAUUCAAAAUACGUACUAUAAAUCUUCAUUGUUCCUCACGUCGUUGUAUUUCAUCAGUGACUAAAAGCGAUUUUACUGACAGCACCAAAGAAGUGCUACAGGGGUCUAGUACCGCUACUUCUCCUGUUGCAGAGCCGUUUUUCGAUCGUUGUCGAAUUCAUUACAACUCAUCUUCAAUGAGCACCGAGUAAAAAUGCAUCUCUCUGAAUUCUUAAAUUUGUCAGUAAAUAUGUUAUAAUGUUUAAGAGUUUCAUGAAGCGAGACUUUGGGCGCGUUGUAGAUGGGAGAAUGGUACUGAAUCGUAUUCCAACAUGGUGGUCUUCAUCUCGAUGACGCUCCUGCUCUCUGGGUCCUCCUGAGUUCUACUUUCAGGAUAUAUGGAAUAUGCAUCAGAUGGGUUCCACAGCUGGUUCUUCUCCUUCUCAUAGAUGGUCCGUAGAGACAGCGGACCGAGGACACGAAAACUCCGAAAUUGG